ACCCCGCGCCCUGUCUGCAGCAGCCCCCAAGAUGAAGGCGAGCUGCGGGAAUCAGGGAAGCGCUCCCCCGUGCUUUCUGCGCUUUCCGCGGCCCGUGCGGGUGGUAAGUGGCGCCGAGGCCGAGCUCAAGUGCGUGGUGCUGGGGGAGCCGCCUCCCACGGUGGUGUGGGAGAAGGGCGGGCAAGCCCUGGAGGCUUCGGAGCGUCUGAGCUUCCCGGAGGACGGAGCGGAGCACGGUUUGCUGCUGCGCCGCGCGCGGCCCACCGAUGCGGGGGUCUAUGUGUGCCGCGCGCGCAACGAGGCCGGGGAGGCCUACGCGGCGGCCGCGAUCACGGUGCUGGAGCCCCCGGAGCCCGAAUCCGAGCCUGAGCCCGAGCCCCCUGCCUCCGAGAGCCCACGGCCGCCGCCGGGCACUGGAGAGGGGGCCCCGGUGGUCCUGAGUGGGCCCCAGUCCCAGUGGGUGCUGCGGGGAGCGGAGGUGGUGCUCGAGUGCCAAGUGCGGGGCGUGCCGGCGCCUACCCUGCACUGGGAGAAAGACGGGAUGGCGCUAGACGAAGUGUGGGACCGCACCCACUUCGCGCUGGAGCCGGGCAGUGCCCAGGGCAGCGGGGCCUCGAGCCUGGUGCUGCGCAUCCUGGCAGCGAGGCUCCCCGACUCCGGUGUCUACGUGUGCCACGCCCGCAACGCGCACGGCCGCGUGCAAGCCGGGGCGCUGAUCCAGGUGCAGCAGCCCCCCGAGAGUCCUCCCCCAGACCCCGAGGAGCAGUCCCCCAGGCCCGCGGUGGAGCCAAGCAAGUGCGCGCCCAAGACCUUCUGGGUCAACGAGGGCAAGCACGCCAAGUUCCGCUGCUACGUGAUGGGCAAGCCCGAGCCCGAGAUCGAAUGGCACUGGGAGGGCCGGCCCCUUCUCCCCGACCGCCGGCGCCUCAUGUACCGGGACCGCGACGGUGGCUUCGUGCUCAAGGUGCUGUACUGCCAGGCCAAGGACCGCGGGCUCUAUGUGUGUGCCGCGCGCAACUCUGCGGGACAGACUCUCAGUGCCGUGCAUCUGCACGUGAAAGAACCCCGUCUCCGCUUCUCCCGGCCACUACAGGAUGUGGAGGGCCGGGAGCAAGGGAUCGUGGUGCUGGAGUGUAAGGUCCCCAACUCCCGCAUUCCCACUGCCUGGUUCCGUGAGGACCAGCGGCUGUUGCCCUGCCGAAAGUACGAGCAGAUCGAAGAAGGCCCUGUCCGCCGCCUCAUCAUUCACAGGCUGAAGGCAGACGAUGACGGUGUCUACCUGUGCGAGAUGCGGGGCCGUGUUCGCACGGUGGCCAACGUGACUGUCAAAGGGCCCAUCCUGAAGCGCCUGCCCCGGAAGCUCGAUGUGCUGGAGGGAGAGAAUGCGGUGCUGCUGGUGGAGACGCAGGAGUCGGGGGUUCAGGGCCACUGGAGCCGAAAUGGGGAGGACCUACCUGCCACCUGCCAGAGCAGCUGCGGCCACAUGCAUGCCCUGGUCCUUCCGGGGGUCACCCGUGAAGAUGCAGGCGAGGUCACCUUCCGCCUGGGCAACUCUCGCACCUCUACUCUGCUCCGAGUUAAACGAAUCAAGCACAACCCUCCGGGGCCCCCAGUGUUGGUAGAAAUGUUUAAGGGCCACAAGAACACAGUUCUGUUGACCUGGAAGGCCCCCGAGCCUGCUCCCGAGACCCCCUUCAUCUACCGCCUGGAGCGACAGGAGGUGGGCUCGGAAGACUGGGUCCAGUGCUUCAGCAUUGAGAAGGCAGGUGCCGUGGAGGUGCCCGGAGACUCUGUGCCUGCUGAGGGCGACUACCGCUUUCGCAUCUGCACAGUCAGCGAGCACGGCCGCAGCCCACAUGUGCAGUUCCAGGGCUCGGCUCACCUGGUUCCCACAGUGCGCCUCGUGACGGGGCUGGAGGAUGUGCAGGUGUAUGACGGGGAAGAUGCGGUCUUCUCGCUGCAUCUCUCCACCAUCAUCCAGGGAACCUGGUUCCUCAACGGGGCAGAACUCCGGAGCUGCGAACCUGAGGGCCAGGUGGAGCCUGGCACCCUGAAUUACCGUGUGGAGCAAAAUGGACCACAGCACCGGCUCAUCCUUCAGAAAGUCAAGCACCGUGACAGCGGCGCCCUGGUGGGCUUCAGCUGCCCAGGAGUGCAGGACUCGGCCGCUCUCACCAUCCAAGAGAGCCUGGUGCACAUCCUCAGCCCUCAGGACAAAGUGUCCCUGACCUUCACCACCUCGGAACGGGUGGUGUUGACCUGCGAGCUCUCACGGCUGGACUUCCCAGCAAAGUGGUACAAGGACGGGCAGCUGGUGGAGGAGAGUGAGGCACUUUUGGUGAAGGUAGAAGGACGCAAACAUCGGCUGGUGCUCCCAGAGGCCCGAGUUCAGGACAGUGGCGAGUUUGAGUGCAGAAGCGAAGGGCUCUCGGCCUUCUUCAGUGUCACCAUCACAGAUCCCCCGGUGCAUAUCGUGGAGCCCCAGGAGCACGUGUUUGUGCAUGCCAUCACCUCUGAGUGCGUCCUACUGACAUGCAAAGUCGACCGUGAGGAAGCGCUGGUGUGCUGGUACAAGGAUGGGCAGGAGGUGGUGGAGAGCGAGUUCGUGGUGCUGGAGCACGAGGGGCUCCAGCACCGCCUUAUGCUGCCCGCUGCCCAGCCCUCCGAUGGCGGCGAGUUCCAGUGUGUGGCCGGUGAUGAACGUGCCUACUUCACUGUCACCAUUACAGACGUGUCCUCAUGGAUCGUGUACCCCAGUGGCAAAGUGCAUGUGGCUGCUGUGCGCCUGGAGCGUGUGGUGCUGACAUGCGAGUUGUGCCGGCCCUGGGCCGAAGUGCGCUGGACCAAGGACGGGAAGGAGAUAGUGGACAGUCCGGGACGGCUGGUGCAGAAGGAAGACACAGUGCGCCGCCUAGUGCUGCCCGAGGUCCAGCUCGAGGACUCUGGCGAAUACUUGUGUGAGAUUGACAAUGAGGCUGCCUCCUUCACUAUCACAGUCACAGAGCCCCCAGUCCGCAUCAUCUACCCGAGGGACGAGGUGAGCCUGGCCGCCGUGAGCCUGGAGUGUGUGUCACUGCUGUGUGAGUUGUCCCGGGAGGACACAUCUGUGCGCUGGUACAAGGACGGUCUGGAGGUGGAGGAGAGUGACACUCUGGUGCUGGAGACGGAUGGACCCCGCCGCCGCCUUGUGCUGCCCGCUGCCCAGCCCGAGGACAGUGGCGAGUUCGUAUGUGAUGCAGGAGACGACUCAGCCUUCUUCAUCGUCACUGUCACAGCACCCCCCGAGAGGAUUGUACACCCAGUAGCCCGCUCCUUGGACCUACAGUUUCGGGUCUCGGAGCACGCAGAGCUGCGCUGUGAAGUGUCCCCCGCCGGGUCGCGGGUUCGCUGGUUCAAAGAUGGUCUAGAGGUGGAGGUGUCGAAUGGCCUGAGGUUGGGGGCCAAGGGACCUGUGCGCACCCUGACCCUGCCCCACAUCCAGCACCAGGACACGGGGGAGUACAUGUGUGAGACCCGGGAUGAGGCUGUCACCUUCAAUGUCAGUGUGGCGGAACCGCCCGUGCACUUCCUCGCCCCUGAGGCAGCCCCUGGCCCUCUCUGUGUGAUUCCCGGAGAAUCUGUGGUGCUGAGCUGUGAGCUGUCCCGGACUGACGCCCUGGUCUCUUGGAGCCACAACGGGGUUCCUUUGCAGCUUGGGCAGGGCCUGGAGCUUCAUGCUGAAGGGCCCCGCCACAUGCUCAGCAUCCGGGAUGUAGCUGCCUCCCACGCAGGCCUCUACACCUGCCAGUGUGGGGCAGGCCCUGAGGCUCCCAGCCGCACCUUCACCUUGCGUGUGGAGGAGCCUCUUGCACGGGUGGUGACCCCCGAGGCCGCCCAGACGACGGUCCGUAGCACUCCAGGCAAAGACCUGGAACUGGAGGUGCAGCUCUCCGGGCCAGGAGGCCCCGUACGCUGGUACAAGGAUGGGGAGCGACUAGACAGCCAGGGCCGGGUGCAGCUGGAACAGGCGGGGACCAAGCAGAUAUUGCGAGUUCAAGGGGCCCAGAUCGGGGACAGUGGGGAGUACCUGUGCGACGUGCCCCAGGACAGCCGCAUCUUCCUUGUCAGUGUGGAAGAACCUCUGCCAGUGAAGCUGGUCUCAGAGCUGACACCCCUGACGGUUCACGAGGGCGACGAUGCUGUGUUCAGGUGUGAAGUGUGCCCCCCAGAUGCCGAAGUCACCUGGCUGCGCAAUGGGGCCAUGGUCACUCCAGGGCCCAGGCUAGAAGUGGCCCAGAACGGCUCCAGCCACACACUGACCGUGCGGGACUGCCAGCUGGAUGAUGCCGGGAUAAUGACCGCCCAGGCAGGGUCUGCCACCACCAGCGCCCGCCUCCACGUCCGAGAAAUGGAACUGCUAUUUCUGCGACGGCUUCAGGACGUUAGGGCCGAGGAAGGCCAGGACGUAUGCCUGGAGGUGGAGACAGGCCGCAUAGACAAGGCUGGGGCCGUGCGCUGGGUGCGCGGUGGGGAGCCCUUGCAAGCUGAUUCCCGCCUGUCCAUGGUCCAGGAAGGCCACAUCCACCGCCUCGUCAUCCUCAGCGUGAUGCUGAACGACCAGGGCAUCUAUGGCUGUGAGAGCCACCAUGAUCGCACCCUGGCCCGACUCAGCGUGAGGCCCCGGCAGCUGAAGGUGCUGCAGCCUCUAGAAGAUGUGAGUAUCACCGAGGGUGGCAGUGCCACCUUCCAACUGGAACUGUCCCAGGAGGCUGUGGCCGGAGAGUGGGCCCGAGGUGGAGUCCGGCUGCAGCCAGGGCCACGGUGCCACAUUCACACCGAGGGCCGUACUCAUCGCCUGGUGCUCAGGGACCUGGGCCUGGCCGACUCGGGCUGCGUGUCCUUCACCGUAGAUACACUUCGCUCUGCUGCCAGACUCACCGUAAGAGAGGCCCCAGUGACCAUUGUGCGGGGGCCACAGGACCUGGAGGUGACUGAGGGUGACACAGCGACGUUCGAGUGCGAGCUUUCCCAGGCCUUGGCUGAUGUCACUUGGGAGAAGGACGGCCACCCGCUGAGUCCCAGCCCUCGGCUCCGGCUCCAGGCCCUGGGCGAGCGCCGCCUUCUCCAGAUCCGGGGAUGCGGCCCCUCGGACGCCGGGACCUACAGCUGCACGGUGGGGCUGGUCCGCGCUGGGCCGGUGCGCCUGGUCGUGAGCGAGCGCAAAGUGUCAGUGCUGUCGGAGCUGGAGUCAGUGCGCGCCCGUGAAGGCGACAGCGCCACGUUCGAGUGCACCGUGUCGGAAGCCGACACCGCCCGGAGCUGGGCGCUCGGAGGACGCCCCUUGAGACCGGGAGGCCGGGUCCGCUUCCGUCAGGAAGGGAAGAAGCAUCUUCUGGUGCUGAGCGACCUGCGCCCGGAGGACUCCGGAGAGGUCCGAUUCCAAGCGGGACCCGCCCAGUCCGUGGCUCGGCUGGAGGUGGAGGCUCUGCCUCUCCAGAUGUGCCGCCGCCCCCCUCGGGAGAAGACCGUCCUGGCAGGCCGCCGGGCAGUGCUGGAGGUGACCGUGUCCCGCUCUGGGGGUCAUGUGUGCUGGCUGCGGGAGGGGCUGGAGCUGUGCCCCGGAGACAAGUACGACCUGCGCAGCCACGGCCCCACCCACAGCCUGGUCAUCCGUGACGUGCGACCUGAGGACCAGGGCACCUACUGCUGCCAGGCCGGCCAGGACAGCGCCCAAACGCGCCUGCUGGUAGAAGGUGAGUAA